UCUAAUCUUCUUUCCUCCUCUCCAUCAGGUGUGUGCGUGCCCUGGGUGCAGCCUGGCCUGUGCUGUGGUGGCGAUGAAGAACCCAGGAGCUGCGGAGAGCCGUCGGCUGGCCAUCCUGCUGGAGGCUGCUCUGGUGAGGGAGGCUCGCCUCUGGAAGGUACCUGUCUUCAAGAAUGGAUGCAUCCAGGGCGCUGACAUCUCUUCAUCCCAACACCAAGAAAUGAUCCUCUGGCUCGGAGAGAUGAGCAGGCUGUUCCAGUUCUGUCCAGAGACCUUUGCACUGGGGGUCUGUGUCCUCAAUCGACUGCUGUCUACUGUCAAGGCCCAACCAAAAUACCUGAAAUGCAUCGCUUUUACCUCGUUGGUCCUGGCUGCCAAAAUCAAUGAAGAAGAUGAGGUAAUAGGCUCUGUUAAAGACCUGGUUGUGCAGAGCGGAUGCAACUUUUCAACAGCGGAGAUUCUUCGCAUGGAGAGGAUCAUUCUAGACAAGCUUCACUGGGACUUGUACACCGCAACACCAGUCGACUUCAUUCACAUAUUCCAUGCCCUGCUCGUCUCGGGCCACCCUCACCUCGUUCCGUCCAUUGGGCUCGGCUCCGGCGUCGGCUGGGACUCGACAACAGACCCCGGUUCGCUUGGCGCCGGGCCGGGGCAUCAGAAGAGGCCCCCGGGCUUCCAGGCGGCGCUGUGGACCAGGCAGGUGCAGCACUGUAUGGCCUGCCACCAGCUUUGGCAGUUCAAGGGCUCCACAUUGGCCUUGGCCAUCAUCACUUUGGAGCUGGAGGUGCUGACGCCCGACUGGUUCUCGGUCUUCACCGAUCUGCUGAAGAGAGCACAAGUGGACAGUAGCGAGUUCAUCCACUGCAAAGAGAUAGUGGACCAGUACCUACACAGCCUGGAGUUCUCCCUCCCGGCCAAUGCGGUCUACAUCUUCGACAGCGCCCAGAUCCAAGACGAGGAGCGAGCCCCGAGCCCCACGCAGCCCCUCAGGCACGCCAGGAGGGCGCAGGGCAGCGGAGAGCAGGGGGACUCUGAUGAGUAUUACGACGGUUUUUGGUGUCUGUACAACGAGGAGACGACUCCAGGGGCGGAGGGGAAAGGCGCCGAGGGCUUGUUCGCUUCCCAGCAGAAAAACGCCUCGCCUUGCCCACCGCUGCACCCUGCCGUCAACUAAUCAGACAUUUAUUCACACCGACCACCUCUUUACAAGUGCUCAGCGCUCCCAUUUCACAGUGAGAAUGUAAUGAAUACUGUAACAAAGCACAUUUUACGGCCUCAAUAUUGUAAGUUUCACUGGGCACUCAGACUUUAAUCCAGAUGUUACUCACCUGCCAUGACAUUUAGGAACUGAUACUAAAGAUUUAAGAAAAGGCAGGACAAAAUGUUCUCUAUGGCCUGGCUGGGGUCAGAUUUAAAUAUUGUUUUAGAACCUUUUGUGCAGUUGUCUGCACCUAAAUGUGAAUCUGGAGGUGUUUCUGCGUCAGUGUUCGCGUCAGCCUCUUAUCCGGAUGCCAUAACUGAUUCUUUUGUGUUGACGCGCAGUUGAGGAGAGAAUGUGGGCACUUGUUGAGCCUGACUGAAUCAAGAUUUGAAUGUUUCUCCUUGGUGAAGAGUUAUUGGUCCAUUAAGUUCUCUACCUUUUUUCUACAUAUUUGUUUUCUACUUUUUAACCUACCUGUACUUUAUAUCCACCGCAAGUUUGGUCUAACAAGUUGAGGGGUUAAGGUGUGUGUGUGUGUGUGUGUGUGUGUUUUUGAGUGUGGUUGAGGCCAAGAAUGGCUUUUUUUUAUGUUUGAGAGUUGAUCCUGAUUUUGUUCAGAGGGUAUCUUGGUGCUCAGGUUCCACCCAGAACCACAUAGCACUUUGAGAUUGACAAGCUUUUUUCUUUUUUCUUUUUUUUUAAUGCAAAUAAUUAUAUUUUUUCACAACCUUUUUAUUAUUUUAAUCUCUUACUUACUUGUACUAAACAUUCUUGUGCUGUGUUUUUAUUUACCAGUUAUUUACAGAAGUUGCAUUUGACAAAAAAAAGCUUUAAUUUCACGACUAAAUGCUGCAAAUGAUUUUAUUUCAUGAAUGCUUCCGCCUAUGUUGAUUUUUACUUUAUGCAACUGUUUUUACAUAUCAAACAAGUGUACCUUUUUGGGAGAUUAGUUCAACACUAGAGAAGAAUGACAAAAAAAAAAAAAUUGGUUGCUUUGACAUCAUGAGAUUACCAGAUCCAGCAUCAAUGUUCUCAUUUAAAUGUUCAAUAUAUUUUCUUAUUACAUACUGUAUGAGAGCACCAAUAAUCAUACCACAAAUAUUUGUCAUAUUAUUGAUAAUGAAGUAUCUGGAUAAAAGUAUCCUUUUUUUGUAAAUACCUCCUAGUUCUGUCAUAUGUCAGUCUCAUCAUGUAAGACAUGUAAGCUGAACAUAUGUUUCGAUUCAAAACUGUAUUUAAUGUAGGCUCAUACAUGAACAGGUAGUGUCCAAACAGUUGAAGCCUGAAGACAUUAAACAGACUUUUUUUAUUUUCAUUCUUUGACUCUAGGCUGCUGAAAUUGUUACUGUGUUCAGGAGGAAAACCAGCAACGUUAUCUUUAAUGUGAACUGGUUACUGUCAGUUUUCUCCACUGUAAAAGUCUACUUUGGUUCAACCAGUUAAGCUGGAUGCAACACCAGUGACCAAUAUAAAGGUUGUUGUUUUGUUUUUUCUCAUUCCUUCAUUUACUGAGGCAGCUAAUCUUAUUGUCUGGUCAAACACAGAAAUAAAGCUAUGACUUCAAAAG